UNCCAGUACACAAACAAAUGGAUCCAAGAAUUUCUCUUACAGUCUUCCUUUUCCUGAACCUCCUCUUCUUCACUUACACUUCUGCUCAGGUCAUUUGUCCUAGAGAUACCCUGCAGAUCGAUGCUUGUGCUAAUGUUCUCAAUGUAGUUUCCCUAACAUUGGGAAAUCCACAGCCAUAUUGCUGCCCGCUCAUUCAUGGCUUGGUUGACCUUGAGGCUGCAGCCUGUCUCUGUACAGCACUCAAGGCUAAACUUCUUGGCCUCAACGUUGACCUCACCAUCUUUCUCAACGUGAUCCUCAGUGGUUGUGGCCGAACACCUCUACCAUCUUACCAUUGCGUCUAAGUUGAACUUAUGACAUAUAAAGACAUACCUAAAAGACAAACAGAUUCGUAUGGUUUCAAAUGCUUGAACUUAUUUCCUUCUUUCUUGUUUCUUAGAAUCAGUGAUUGCUUUUGUGUUUGUAAUUUUCUUGGAUUGAAUAAAAUGAUGAACGUCAGGUUCUCAUGCAACAUGGGUUUGUGUGUGUAAUCAGCAAUUUCGUACCCCUUUUCCUCAUUAUCCUCUUUUUGUAAACGUUUUUUUUUUUUUAACUAAUAAAAGUAUCAAUCGGUGUUUUUGUCUAUACUAGGCUUAUAUUUGUAUAAACAAUUAGGACAACAGAUAAACAAGAUGUCGC